AUGCUGACGGAAGAAGAAAUCAAAAGGCUCUACAGAAUCCACAAGACGUUGAUGCAGAUGCUCAAGGAUCGUGGAUACUUUAUAGCGGAUUCGGAAAUCACGAUGAGUUUAGGUCAGUUUGUGAGGAAACAUGGCGACAACAUGAAAAGGGAGGAUCUUGUUACCCUCAAGGCCAAGAGAAAUGAUAACAAUGAUCAGCUUUAUAUUUUCUUCCCCGAUGAGGCGAAAGUUGGAGUUAAGACGAUGAAGAUGUACACGAACCGGAUGAAAUCAGAGAAUGUUUACAGAGCAAUCUUGGUGGUGCAACAGAACUUGACUCCUUUUGCUCGAACUUGCAUAAGUGAGAUCUCCUCAAAGUUUCAUUUGGAAGUCUUCCAGGAGGCGGAAAUGCUUGUGAACAUUAAAGAACACGUUCUUGUUCCGGAACAUCAAGUUCUUACCACCGAAGAGAAGAAGACUUUACUUGAGAGAUACACAGUGAAGGAGACACAGCUUCCAAGAAUUCAAGUUACUGAUCCAAUCGCAAGAUACUUUGGGCUAAAACGUGGACAAGUCGUGAAGAUCAUUCGUCCGAGUGAAACAGCUGGUCGUUAUGUCACCUAUCGUUAUGUUGUAUAA